CCGAAAUGAAUCUGUUGUGUAACGCUACAGCUGGUUCAGAGUACAGGUGCAUGCUCUUGGCUCCUGUUCUGCCCUGAGGAGGUAGAGGGGGUGAGCCCAAUCAGAUCAGGUGCGGGGGAGGAGAGGCGCGCUCAGCACGGACGCACAGGGGCACAGUGUUGCAACCCUAGCCCAUACCACAUCUCUGGGAGCGUUUCUGACUGCCUGGAAGUCUCUGGGAGUUACUCCAGACCUAACCCUGGGAACCAUUCAGAGAUCAGGUAGGGAAUCGAAGCAAGUCAGAGCAGCGCUUCCGGUCUGAGAACCUAUACAUUUUUCUUCGCUUCUCAUGAACCACAAGCUUCACGUUUGAGACAUCAGAACUGAAGGCUGAAAUUCCUCAAGGAGUCACCCGGGAGCAAACUGUGCCAGCCGAAGGGAGCGACACAUCUGUACUUCAUCCGUUCUCCUCCUCUGUCCAUCCUUACCCUGAUCUCACCUGCUCAUAGGUACUUAGGCAGAAGUCAUUCCCGCGACUCUGCCAAAGGCCAGCCUGUUGGUUUUGUAGGGGGAGGAAAAAAGAAAAAAGAAAAAAAGAGACUGCAGGCAAAGUUACAGCAUUUGGAAGUUGUCACCUUGGAAAAGUGAAGUCGAAAAGUGUGACACAAUGAAUGGACCUGUGGAUGGCUUGUGUGACCAUUCUCUAAGUGAAGAAGGAGUCUUCAUGUUUACAUCAGAAUCUGUAGGAGAGGGGCAUCCAGAUAAGAUCUGUGACCAGAUUAGUGAUGCAGUGCUGGAUGCCCAUCUCAAGCAAGACCCCAAUGCCAAGGUGGCCUGUGAGACAGUGUGCAAGACAGGUAUGGUGUUGCUGUGUGGGGAGAUCACCUCAGUGGCCAUGGUUGACUACCAGCGGGUGGUGAGAGACACCAUUAAGUACAUCGGUUAUGACGACUCUGCCAAGGGCUUUGACUUCAAGACCUGCAAUGUGCUGGUGGCCCUGGAGCAACAGUCCCCAGAUAUCGCCCAGUGUGUCCAUCUGGAUAGAAAUGAAGAGGAUGUGGGUGCAGGAGAUCAGGGCCUGAUGUUUGGCUACGCCACAGAUGAGACAGAAGAAUGUAUGCCCCUCACCAUUGUUCUUGCCCACAAACUCAACACUCGGAUGGCAGAUCUAAGGCGCUCUGGGGUCCUUCCUUGGCUGAGACCUGAUUCUAAAACUCAGGUUACAGUUCAGUACAUGCAGGACAAUGGCGCGGUCAUCCCCGUGCGCAUCCACACCAUCGUCAUCUCUGUGCAACACAAUGAAGACAUAACGCUGGAGGCCAUGCGCGAGGCCCUGAAGGAGCAGGUCAUCAAAGCUGUGGUGCCAGCCAAGUACCUGGAUGAAGACACUAUCUACCACCUGCAGCCGAGUGGGCGGUUCGUCAUUGGAGGUCCCCAGGGGGAUGCAGGCGUCACAGGCCGCAAGAUUAUCGUGGACACGUACGGAGGCUGGGGUGCUCAUGGUGGCGGUGCCUUCUCAGGAAAGGACUAUACCAAAGUGGACCGCUCAGCAGCUUACGCUGCCCGCUGGGUGGCCAAGUCCCUGGUGAAGGCUGGGCUCUGCCGGAGAGUACUUGUUCAGGUGUCCUACGCCAUCGGUGUGGCAGAACCGCUGUCCAUUUCCAUCUUCACCUACGGAACCUCCCAGAAGACCGAGCGGGAGCUGCUGGAGGUGGUGAACAAGAACUUCGACCUCCGGCCCGGUGUCAUUGUCAGGGACUUGGACCUGAAAAAGCCCAUCUACCAGAAGACUGCGUGCUAUGGCCAUUUCGGGAGAAACGAGUUUCCCUGGGAGGUCCCCAAGAAGCUUGUGUUUUAGAGCUGAUGGGAGGUUUGGCUUUGUUUCAUAUUCUCCUUUCCUCUAAGGAGACUCCCAGAUCUCCUUAGCCUCUCCCUUCCUGCUCCCACCCUGAGGGCAAAGCCAGCUUCUUCUAAUCUCCUAUCUUGCAAUCUGCAAACAUCUCACCAAUGACAUGGCAGACGGCUUUCUGGUGUGAGGUUAUUAGGUCUCCUUGCAAGGAUAGUCAAUGUUCCCCGUCUGUCCCUCAGAUAACAGCAAUGUUGAUUUUGUGAAAAAGUCACCCCUGUUAGGCAUGAAGUCGCUCCCUCACCUCCUCCCAUAGUCUGAACCUGACUAGGCCAUCUCUUCCUCCCAACCGGGCAUGUGCCCAGAUGAAUAUAUUGCAUAUACCUCUGGCUUCCCUUCACAUUUGCAACCAGAGCUCCUGAGCCAGAGCUUUUUCCAGACCCCUCCAAGACAUUGCCACAUGCAAUAUGGUCAAUGUCCCUUGAGCAUUUGCACUGUUUGAGGGACUGAGCUGUGUGUUCUCCAUCACAGCACAAUAAGGUGGCAUCCUUCUUAUCCACAUUAACACAUGAGGAAACUGAGGCACAGAGAGUCUGCAGAGCUCUCACUAGUUUCCACAGCCAUGUAUCAGUGUCACGAAAUAGAGUUGGAGUUUUGACUUUAUCACUCUUAUAUCUGCAUCCCAAACCAGAUGUUGGCUUGAGUGACGACCAAGUGGAUUGGCUUGAGGCUGUGGGGCCUAAUAUUUAAGGCCUGGCCUUCCUGGGAAUUAGGAGAUGAACUCAGUGGCUCUUGGUAAGCCCUGGAAAGUGUUACAGGAAAUCUCAUUUGUUCUGGAAGAGAGCUAAGGGCAAACUUGGUAUCUUAGCCCGUCAAGCAGGCUGUAGUCUGGAACUAAGAAGCUUCAUGGUCCUAGCUUCCAUCUUUCAAAGACAGGUGUGUGAGUGCCCUGGCCAUGGUGUUUAAACAUAGACAGCCUCGUAUGUUUUCAUCCCCAUAGAGGAGAGGCAGCAGUGUGUUCCAGCACAGGCAACCAGCCUCUGAUAGGGGACUCCCGCCCCCACCCCCAGGUUUUCUCCUUUCCUGGGCCCUCAUGAGCAUGGAGUCUAACUGCUGCUUGGGAAAUGAAUGACUUAGGUGCAGAGCCAGCCUCCAAGCAGUGGACAAUUUACCCAAGAUCUCGUAAGAUCCUGCUUUAACCAGGUGGCCUUUGAAGGGCAUAUCUGUCUACCAGGGUCCUGGAAGCCACAUGCUCCUAUGCUGUCCCAUUAUGAUUGGCACCACCUAUCCAACCUGUCCCUAGCCAGGACCUCCCGACAGCAGACCCCUUCCAGCUUCUAGGGGCAUGGAUUCAGGAAGGGCCCUGGUUCACAUUGCUGGUUCUGGCUAGGAGGUUCUGGUUCUGGCUGGUUCUGAUUCAGGCUGGUUCUGCCUUGCUUCUGUGCCUUGACUUGACCACAGAGACCCUUUCCACCAGGCUGAGGGUUAGCAGAAGGGAAAGUCCUAGUGGCCAAAAAACCCUGAGCCAUGUGUGACAUAGAAGCAGCCUAGGUCUCUCCAUAGGUUUUCUGGCUGACUGAAGCCAAGUUCCUCAUACCAGAGGGUAGGAUGGGUGUGCUGAUGGCAGAGUUCCUGUAACUUAAACUAUGUCUAAACAAAAAUCCAGAAUUGUAUACUUCCCCCAACCCUAAGAGUCAUGAGACUCUCUUUUUUUCUUCCAACAUUUCAUAUGAAACAAAGCCAAUAUUUGUUACUAUUACCUGCUAGUACGGUGAAUAAAAACUCAAGGAGCAACGA